AUGAAGUUAUCUAAGGAUGAGAAAGGAGUAGGUGUAGAUCAACAUCUAUACAGAAGUAUGAUAGGCAGCCUGCUGUAUCUCACAGUUAGCAGGCCUGACAUUGCCUUUGCUGUAGGAGUGUGUGCAAGGUAUCAAGCUGAACCCAAAGUCAGCCAUCUCAAUCAAGCAGGGAGUGCUGAUGAUAGGAAGAGCACCUCUGGUGGAUGUUUCUUUCUAGGAAAUAACCUCAUUUCCUGGUUCAGCAAAAAGCAAAAUUGUGUAUCUCUAUCGAUGGCUGAGGCAGAGUACAUUGCUGUCGGAAGCAGCUGCUCCCAGCUUGUAUGGAUGAAGUAG